GCGACAUGCAGAUAAAUAAUUUUCAAUUUUCGAUCGCGGUAUUCAUCAAACCUUCAAAAGGAUUUUCCCCUUUUGCUUUUCUCCCAAAAAUUCCGACGAAUUUUGGGGAUUAAUUUUAUUUUUUUAGAUUAUAAUGAAACCAAUCGCUUGGAUUUUCCUGCCAUUCGCGUUGGUUUUGAUUCAAUCUCUACUGUCAGCAGCUUCUUCAUCUUCUUCUUCCGGAUCACAGUCUUCCGAUGAAGCUUAUGUUACCCUUUUGUAUGGCGAUGAAUUUCUUUUGGGUGUUCGAGUUCUUGGGAAAUCAAUUCGCGACACUGGCUCCAGCAAGGACAUGGUGGCCUUGAUUUCUGAUGGGGUUUCUGAGUAUGCUAAGAGGCUAUUAGAGGCUGAUGGAUGGAUAGUGGAGAAGAUUAGUUUAUUGGCAAAUCCUAAUCAAGUUCGUCCAUCAAGAUUUUGGGGUGUCUAUACAAAGCUGAAAAUAUUUAACAUGACUGACUAUAGAAAAGUGGUAUAUCUAGACGCAGAUACAAUUGUGUUGAAAAAUAUAGAAGAUCUUUUCAAAUGUAGCAAAUUUUGUGCCAACUUGAAGCAUUCUGAAAGACUGAAUUCUGGUGUUAUGGUUGUGGAACCGUCUGAAACUAUUUUCAAUGACAUGAUGAGUAAAGUUAAUACUUUGCCCUCUUACACAGGAGGGGAUCAAGGCUUUUUGAAUUCAUACUAUUCAAAUUUUCCCAAUGCACAUGUUUUUGAGCCAAACUUACCACAAGAAGUGCGACGAUCUAGACCAGCUCCAGUAAUGGAACGACUUUCUACUCUUUAUAAUGCCGAUGUUGGUCUUUACAUGCUUGCUAACAAGUGGAUGGUAGAUGAGAGUGAACUCCGGGUUAUCCACUAUACACUGGGCCCCCUCAAACCUUGGGACUGGUGGACAUCUUGGCUUUUAAAACCUGUUGAUAUCUGGCAGAAUGUCAGGGAAAGAUUGCAAGACUCCCUUCCUGGAACUGGUGGGGGUAGAAACCCUAAUGAUGAUCUUAUUGUCAAAAUUCUUGUUCUUCUUCCUCUUGUUGCAUUAACCUUUUGUUCUUAUCAAUCUUGUCUUCAGACACGGUGGUACUCUAAUACAUCAUGGAGAAGCUUGUUAUGCGAUCAAGCCAGGCAUCUAUACUACAAAAUAAAGUCUGUUGGAACAAUUAAUUAUACUGGUCUUUCUACACUAAACGCUGUUAAUCUGAACCAUCAGUCCAAGAUACCUGUUUUUUUGGGUGGUAUAUCAAUCUUCGUCUGUUUUCUUUCUGCUGUAAUUUCCCUUGCUCUUGCAUUUGCGAUUGUGCCAAGGCAAGUGAUGCCAUGGACUGGCUUGCUGUUGAUGUAUGAGUGGAUAUUCACAAUUUUCAUUCUAUUAUUUGGAAGCUACCUCCAUUUUAUUUUCAAAUGGGGUAAAUCAAUGGCGACCCAAGCAGGAUCCUUCUCUGAUUCUGAGUCGUUUGAUUAUUCUGCUAAAGAUCAUCAGUGGCAGGCAUCAAGCAGUGACGUUACCACGUGGUUUUAUGGUCUAGGGAUGGCAUUCUUGGCUGUUAUUGCUCCAACUUUGCCUUGUAUUUUGGGUGUCACUGCUCUAUUUUUGAGGUUAGGUUUGAUGGUUGUAGGGGGCCUAAUUUUGGUAUCAUUUAUGACAUAUGCUUCUGAACACCUUGCAAUUAGAUCAUUCUUGAGAGGUCUUGAAAACAGAGAUGGUGCAAGAGGCAGCAGGAGUAUAUGUCUCUUCUGUUGAUCGUUUGGUGAAAAGUAGGAGAGAAGUGGUGUAAAAUAGCUGAUUUUCUUGUACUAACUUUGAGGUCUCAUUCAUUGUACAAUACUGAUUACUACAACUUCAAGUUUGAUUUCCCCUCUUUUUUGAUCUGUGAGAGCAUUCUUUUUUUCUUAUUUCUUUUUGUAUUUUCAACUUUCAAGUAAAUUAUCUAACUUAAUUCUAUUGAUGAUCUGAUAAGAGUCUUUAUUGACCAGGGAAAUUUACAAAUUUGUUACCGA